CUCUAGUCAUCUAGUCUAUGCAAGUGAAUCGGCUGCUGACGGAUCAUGUUUUGAAGUGGAUAAAAGCCAAAUGUGUUAUUUUUGUGAUGAGUGUACGUGUUAUUUUUAAGAAUGCCGAUCCAGGCGCCGCAAUGGACGGACUAUCUCAACUGUCCGGUGUGCUGCCGCGAGUUUGGUGCUCCCCCUAGAAGCCCUAUCAGUCUUGGCUGUGGGCACACUCUCUGCAGACACUGCCUCAAACAUCUCCACCGGAAACAAUGCCCAUUCGAUCAGACAACAAUCCUGGUGGACCCGGAGGAGCUGGUGGUGAACACGGCGCUGCUGCAGCUGGCGGGGUACACGCCGCCCGCGCAGCCCUACCACCCGCCCUGCAUCCAGGCGCUGCCCGAGCACGACCGCCAUGCCUACGACGUCAUCGUGCGCUGCAUGGAACACCUUGCCGUCUACCUCAAGUAUUGUGGAACAGCGAACAACAGCGUGUCGGGCAGUCGGCUAUCGCGGCCGAUGCAACGCAAGCUGGUGACGCUGCUGCAAUGCGCAAUGACCGACGAGGAGGGCCGCGGGCGGGCGGCGCGGGCGGCGCGCUCGCUCGGCGAACGUACCGUCACUGAACUCAUACUUCAACACCAGAACCCUCAGCAGUUGAGCGCGAACCUGUGGGCAGCGGUGCGGGCGCGCGGCUGCCAAUUCCUGGGCCCGGCGAUGCAGGAGGAAGUCCUCAAGCUGGUACUCCUCGCCUUGGAAGAUGGCUCCGCGUUGUCCAGGAAGGUCUUAGUGAUGUUUGUAGUCCAAAGAUUGGCACCUCACUUUCCGCAGGCUUCCAAAACUAGUAUAGGCCACGUCGUCCAGCUCUUGUACCGGGCUUCUUGUUUUAAGGUGUCGAAGCGCGAGAGCGACUCGUCUCUCAUGCAGCUGAAGGAGGAGUUCCGCACGUACGAGUCGCUGCGGCGCGAGCAUGACGCGCAGAUCGUGCAGAUCGCCACCGAGGCCGGGCUGCGCAUCGCGCCCGACCAGUGGAGCGCGCUGCUCUACGGCGACACCGCGCACAAGAGCCACAUGCAGAGCAUUAUCGACAAGUUGCAAACGCCGCAGUCUUUCGCGCAGUCCGUACAGGAGCUGUUCAUAGCGCUGCAGCGCACCGGCGACCCCGCUCAGCUGAUCGUCAUGAGCAUACACCUCGACAGGCUCGCCGGCAUCGAUGCUAGUCCCGACGCCAAGAGCCCGAGCUGGCCGCAGCUGGCGGACAUGAUGACCUCACUGAAAGAGGUGGUCUCCGGGCUGGUGCACUACCUGCAGCAGCAGGCGGCGACAAGAGACAACAACCACAACCGCAGCUCCAACACGCAGGACCGCUGCACCGAGCCCUCCACCAGCCAGCCUUCACCUCAGGCGUCUUCGACGACGCCGACACACAGCAAGUACAAGGUGUCGAUGUGCCGCGACGCUGCCACGCGCUCCUUCUGCCCGCGCGGCAACGCCUGCACAUUCGCGCACUCCGAGGAGGAACUCGAGAGGUACAGGUCUAUGCCGAGCGGGGGCGGCGGGGGCGCUGCGGCAACCAACGGCAACUACACGUACCUGCCGCCGAUGCAGGGUGCGCUGCCGAUGCCGCCGGUGCCGCAGAACAUGCCGCUGCCACAGCCCAUGUACCCGCGCUACCCGCUGCACCCGCCGCACAUGGACAACUUCAAUGUGCCACCACCAAUGCCGUCGAUGCCGCCGCAGCAGAUGCCGCCGCAGCAGUUGCCACCGCAGCAGUUGCCGCCGCAGCAAAUGCCGCCGGACAUGCAUGCUGCGCAGGAGUACCCCGACGCGCCGCACAACGUCGACAACAUGCCACCUCCGAGCUACCCAAACCCGAUGUUGCACAACCAGCCGCCGCCGAUGCCGCUCAACCAGAACGGCAUGAUGCUGCCCCUGCCCGAGAGGCCCUUCUACGGCCGCUUCGGUAACAUGAUGCCCAUCCACGAGGAGCCCAACAACAUGCCCUACCCGAGGGCGGAGUACCCUGGCCCCGUCUACCAAGGCCCGAGUGUCUACCAACAGGAACAGAACCUGCAGCCGCCCAUACCGAACAUCUUCGUCUCGGUACCGCACGACACGCAGAGAAAUAUUAGCCCGUAUUCUUUUGAUGAUUUGCCAUCGGAGUUACUGCCGGAGUACAGGGUGAAGCCGCCGACGUAUGUGCCGGUGCAACGCGAACGCCGCCCCGACCCGCCCUGGCCACCCGCCAACGACGUAUUUAAUUUCGACGGUAUGAGAAACACGAUACCGCACUGUUCGGCCACCGCCGAUGAUAUGUUCAACGUGCAAGGAGACAGGCGAGUGGUCGGCGCCGACCGGCUGGCAGCUGGCGCGGCUGACCUCGCCAACAGAGCUGAUGAUCAGGAGCUGGAAGAGGAACUCCAGGCACUUGAACGCCGCAUCGAUACGGAGUUCAAGAGCGCGGACUAAGCUGGCCGCUAGCGGGUCAUCUGUCCACCGCGGGGCGUAGUCGACCCUCGCCGGAGCCUCCUCCGUACACGUGUCAGCACUCAUCAACAACAAACAUUCGGUGUUAGGUUAACUUAGCAGAGACAGUAAGUAUUUUUAAUGUAAGUUUGUGUAAGUCGUCACUUAUUACAAACUCACUGUGUUUAUAAAGUAGCGGCAAGAUGGAGUGCAAUGAAGUACGUGUAGUAGUCGGACUAGACACGUCGUAGUGGACAGUGUCCGGAGCGAGGAGUGCGGGCCAGGCCUGUGAUCGUGAGGGACGCACCGAGUCGGAACAUUGAGACUGAGCGCGCUGCAAGUCCUACUUCACUGAGGCUAUCAUGACGCUUACCAGAUCACGUGGUGGUGCCCACAGUUCAGGAUGCGGGCACACUGGUAUUAUCUGUAAGGCGUUGUAACAAACGCCAGUAGUCUCUAGUAAGGUCAUGAUAGCCGAUAUCGACACGCAGCGAUUGUGACCGGCCAUUAUAUAUUUUAUAGCAAUUCAUUCAGUGGAAUUUCUUUGUAUUUUCGAACGGAGUAAGUAGGUUAUCGUAGCCAACAUUCAUAUUUAUUGUAGCUUCCGUUGUUUCUGUCCCUUUUCUCUAUUGUAAUAUAUGUUGUUGUUAUCCUGUAACUAAGUGGCAUUGAUAUUGAUCUUGUAUUUCUUAGUGCUACUUACGACGUGUAUUUAUUGUAAGUCUCUAUGACGUUAUAAAUAGCUAGACUUAUUGAUCAAUUGUCUUUGAACUUCUGUAGCAGAGGGUAGAGUUGAGCACUUCUGCAAAUGUCUCUGGCACUUAUCGGUUGCCUCAUCUUGUUAAAUAACUUUCUGUGUGUUCCUUCGUGAGAUCCGAUGAAAAUGGUCUGAUUUUAUGCAAUGCCCACAAGUCAAUUCAAAUAAUAAUAAAAAAUAUCGUGCGCUUUGACCGUAUUGAUAGGGUAGGUUUUAAAUUGUGAGGCAGGUAGGCAAGUAUAUGAGACUGGUAAUACCUUUCCAACGCGAGCCAUCAUCACGCGACUAACCGUGCAACGGAAGAGUAUGUUGGCAACUCAUAACAUACAUAAUGUAGUUCCCCUUAAUAAAUUAACUUAUCAUUAACCUCGUGAGGUCCAGAUUUCCAGACACAGUAGUUAAAUAAUUGGGUUUGGUAAUAAAAGGACAUUCCGUUUUACGACUUUGAGACGUGUCAUGAGUACGGAAGGAUUAUGCGCAAGAAUUAAUAUAUUUUUUCGGUUAUUACUGUUUAAUAAUAUAUAAAAUAAUAAUCAGAAUUCUCGAAGAAAAAGCUGUUAACAUAUCAUUUUAUAUAGAUUUUAUUUAUUUAUAUUAAUUUAUAUCAAAUUCCAAAUGGGCGGGCAUCUAGAUAAAAAACAAUGUUAUACAAGUUUGUUUCAAAUUUGUUCUCAAAUACAUACAUUUUCACAUUUUCUCUUCGUAUAGUACCUUGAAGUCGGACUAUUUGUAAGUAGAAAUUAAAAAAUAAUAUUUGGUUACUUGCAAGCUAAAAACACCGGUGCUAUCAUUGAAACAAAAUCUCGUACUGAUUUCAUGAAAACCUAACCUACGGUACGGACUCAGAAAGCAAAUAGUCUUCUGGCAUAGAAUAAAACAUAAUUACGUACAGAACGGACACUUCCCGCUUCGCACCAAUUCGUACCAGUGCCGAGCUAGAAUCACCUGACACCCCUGGGUCUUACUUUAAUUUAAAUGGCUGUAAGCCGUUAAGGAGUCUGUUUGUCUGUCCCGCUCGCACCUACGCGCUAAGGCGGCACACGGUGAGAUUUUUGUAUGAAGUGUCCGGGCUGUGGUCUUGAGUAGGCUGACUUGUGGCAUUGCAUAGAAGUUCUGCGGGCCAGCGGGUGCGACUGCGAACCACGCGGCACCGCAUUAACGUAUCUCAGGGCUUGGCCUAACAAGGAACACGUAGUUUUUACUCGACAACGGCGUACUAAAGUAUAGUCGAACAGAAAACAGACCAACAGUUAUUGUCUUUCAAAAAGAUGUUUAUAAAUCGUUUUCUAUUCGAUAUACUAAACUUAUUAUAGUGUAACGAUUUUGAUAAUUAAAUUGAUAGCGUUUUUGGUAAUUAAAAACGAUACACCCCUUCUUUUUGCGUUGGGGUGGUGUAGAAGUCGUCUAGUAGCAGUUGUCGAGUACCGCGCGAUAGGUAGGUACUCUGGCGGCGACGUGACUGUAUGACGCGCGCCUGUGUGGGUCGAGUGCCACGGUGGCCGCGCCGGCGGGCGUGACCCCGCGUGGUUGGCAACACGACCACCCACAGCCCUCACUUGAUGUAUUGUCCCAUAGGCGUCUUAGACGCAUGUCUCAGAGUAAUUUUCUAUACAUUUCUAUAAAAUCAACAGAUUUAAUUUUAUAGAAUGUAUAUAAAAUAUAUCAUUUUUUUACAUUGGUAAAGAUAAUAAAUGUGCAGAUUUAAUAAGUAAGUUAAAGAAGUGACUAGAACAGAUAUUUAAUUAGGGUAAUCGAGUUACGCCCAACGCUGUUUUGGUAUCAAAGUUCUUUGUAAUGUUGGGGGUAAAAUUGUGUUUCACAUCUAUUAGGAGGUUCGGUAUAGUUAGAUAGUUUCUGACUAGCUGAUACGUGCAGAUAAAAAGUAGAAUUUGCUUUAGAAAAUAUAUUUUAGUAUGAAAAAUAAUUUGAAAGAAAGGAAAAUUAACAGCAUAAUAUUUAAUUAAAUUGAUUUAAAUGUUUGUUAUCAGGGAACUACGUCCAGAAGAGCGUUGGACCUUUGGGUUAAAUCUUGAAUUUUCUAUAUAGAGUGUUAACGUGACUAGGGCGUGAGUGACGAGCGUUCAGUUUGUCAAUGUACGUAGCAAUGUACGUGUUCUUUCAUUAUUGUGUCGAAGAUGUCGGUGUUGGUGGACUUCGCUCGGAGUCGGCACGUCCAGUCCUUACUGUCGGGUGCAGUGAUGGAGCUGGCAUGGAACGUCUACCAAAGAAAGAAUGACUUGAUAAUUCUCUUAUGCGGCGGAAGAUGCAUAUGGCACUGCAAAAAAGUUGACUCAUAGGGUCUUGCGAUGAUCAUAACGCGAACAGCCUGUACAAUAUUGUAGUGCUGGGCAUUGCCGAGCCUUCAAAUCUACCACGCGCCGCCGCGGGUUGGUGGACGAAUCGGCGAUGAUAUAGAGUGAAUGUACUGCCAAACGACUGGGCCAGUCGCUUACACUAUAGCUAUAAAGAGUACUGGUAGCCGGACAGCGAGUGCAAUACUUAUUAUUAUAUUUACUAUAUUAAAUAUCAGUGUAAUGAUUGGCUCACUCCUGCUCACUCAGGACCGCAUCCGCUGUGCGCAACAGUGACGUGCCAGCGAAGUCCAACAACAACCCUUUAGCCUGUAAUAUACCUAGUCUUUGCUGGUCGCGUUACAAUUAUGGUACUAAUUUCCAUAUUGUGAGUGUUAUUAUUCACUUGUCGGUGUAAGAAUAAAAUAAAUGUAUCUUAUAAGUAGGGUUAGGCAAUAAAUGCAAAUAUAUAGCGGGCACUCAAUGUCUCCGUGUCGUGUUAAGUAGUUGUGUGGGGAUUUGCAUCACAUAUUUGUGUGGUCGAUAUUUUAAUGUGUAAAAUGUUUGAUCAUGCAUUUGAUAAGCUUGUCUUAACACUGGCGAGUAUUUAUCAAUACUACAUUAUGUUCAGGGACGAACUGUAUUUGAUGUUUAUCUUUAGUGAUUGGAUUGUCUUAUCAGCUGAUACUCUGUCCUUUUAGUCCAAUAGAGAUGAUUUCCUUGAUACGGUAACGGACUAGCAAAGAUCGCUUAUGUUAUAAUCAUAAACAAUGCUAGAUUAUAGUUAUAUUUUUGGUAUAUCGGGAGCGAAACCUAAGGCUGGUGAUACGUCUAUAAAUUCUCUAUCUAGAGAAGAAAAAAACAUUAACGUAAGGCUGUAACAUAGAUAUAGCUGAGAGAUUCAACUCAACGCCGUGUAAAUAUGUUAAAUUAUUUUGUUACGUUUCAAGUAUAUCGUAGAAGACAACCGCUACAACGAAAUUAGCACUUGUAAAGAGUUGAUUUCACGCCAAUCACUUAGCUGUAUUAUCACGCACGACGAGCGGCGGUCGCUGAUUGGUUGGUCGACUAGAUUGUCGGUCGACUGUCGUAGUCACGUCCACUUAAAUUCGAGUCAUAUUACGUAAAGUAUACCGUCGCUAUUAUGUCCAAUUAUAACGUGGGGAUCUCAGUUUGUACCUUUGAUAGUAGAGCAAACAACCGACUUGAAGAAGAAAGGUCAUGUUGAAACUCUUAUUAUUAAAAUAGUCUACUUAAACACCUUAGUUGUUUGAUGUUUGGUAUAAUUGCCACAUCCGUUGCUUAUAGCUGUGGGACAGUACUUACCAGGAACAGUUCCCUUCUUCGAGCGAACGUUUGUUCUACGUAGGCGAGGGGCGCAGGACGGAUAUCCUAGUGAUUCCUAUUUACCCGUCUAGAUUAGUUUCAUAUUUUAGUGCAGAUAAUGAUAUGUUACUUAUGUUAUAUUGACGCUUCUGAUGUUACUUUAAAUCUUAAACGUUUACUUAAACAAAAGAAAGUAUUGAUUGAAGUAAUGAAUGUAUGGGAUAUAACAAACUUGUAGAGUUAGAAGCGUCAGUGCACGUUGUACUGGUGGACGCCGCCACCUGUCGGCGGGGGCCGCGCGCCGCCGCCGCUGUCUCGUGCAUUUACUACAAGAGGGACACGCAGGUGGAGUAAGCUCGAGGCAUAGUCUGGGCUUAUUGUAUAGUUAAUACCAAUUUUAUUUUGGUGUAUUUUUUUUCCUUAGGAAAAGUCAUUAUGAUAUUUAUAAUUGGGGUCUGUUUAAAGACCCGCCACUAUGAAUUAUUUUUGUGAUCAUCUCGUGCAAUUCUCAAGACUUAAUCGUUUUGUAAUGCUCAGUUUCGAAAUUUGGUGGUUGUUGCACUUAGAGCGGCGAGACCGCCUGUACUCGACGCUGUGGCAUCUCGCUGCUUUUAAUUGCAGAACCGCCGUAUAUUUUGUUUAUGAAAGUGAACAACUUAGUAGCGAAUUAAAAUAUCACUAACUGUUUAACAUUAUUGUGAUUAGAAUAUAUAUUAUUUUUUUAGUACGAUAAGCUUGACUGUUUUGGGGGCUCCUGUAAAUGUAGCUUGACCGACCACUUAGUUUAAAACCUCAAUUGUAUAGCUUCACCUCUGUUUCUAGAUUAGGUUAAUGGUGCUAUGUUAUGAGUUACCGACUAUUGCUAUAGUUAGUGCAAUUUGUAAUGUGCAGUACUUCCGAUAGUUGUGUGAGUAUUGCCCACGUGGUAGUGGCUACCUACAUUGUUGUGUUGUUAUUCUUUAAGCCUGCGAUAUUUAUUUAGAUAAAUUAUUUUCGUCUUCUUCUUGUUAUAUCAAUGUAUAAGUUAAUGUUUAUUUAUUUUGUCCUCAUUAAAAUAAUGUACUCGACCUUUUAUAUCACAAAUGAUAUCAUUAUCUGUUCAUAGUAUAAUAUUGACGGUUUUUAAUAUCUUUAUGGUGCUGUAGGACGUUAGCUUGUUAAGAGAUGAGAUUAAGAGUCAACUGCAAAAUGUCGGCAACCCAUAAUGUAGAACCUGUCUUAAGCGGGACGUCGAGAGUCCAAAAUAACAAAAUGAAUAUAUCCAUGUUUCAGUGAUGUGAUGGCCCUCUGUAAUCUGUCGUUGAUUUGAAAACUUCAAUUAUACCAAAUAAAAGUUCUAAAUUGUUUAUUACUAUUUAUUUAAUAUUAUUACAUUUAACGGUUUAGUAACUAAAUUGUAAGCAAGGCUGUUAGGUCGCGUGUGAACUGCGGCCAGGUAGAAUUUUUAUUAUGUAAAAUUUUAGCGAUACUUUCUUAUUAAAAUACUUUUGUUUUCCGUGAAAUUAAAAUGAUUGUUUAAUUAAAUGUAGUAAGUGCUUCUAUUUAUUUAAUGUCCCUCGGCUGUCAUAGCAUUUGUAUGUAUUAUGCGACGGCUGCUGAACGACACUACGAUAAUAGAAGCACUGUAGCUAUAUCUGUAUUGUGAUUUGGGCUUGUUUUGGUUGAAUGGUAUCACAUCACCAUCGACAGCCGUGUGUGGCUGGCGUACCGAGGAGUGAUGGUGACGAGUAACAUAAUGUCCACGUCAUACGGUAAACUGUGAUAACGCCCGCGUGUGGGCGACCACUGCUGCGACGCCCGAUGAUAAGCAUCCAUGUCACACUCUUGGAUCGCGGCAUAUCCUCUGUUAACUAGCCAAGCACUAACAUUCUAAAAUGAAUAUAUUAAAUUUCCAAGGCGUCGGGUUGCGUCUUUCAGUUUUAUUUUUAUAGGAAUAUAUUGGAGGGUCGACCCCCAAUCGAAUGUGGAAGUUUGCAUUUGUUUAAGAAUGCAUAGAGAUUUUUCUUUGAAAUAUGAAUAAAUUGAUGUAUGUGUUAACUCCUGGUUUGUAGGUGCAGUAUACUUUAUAACAUAUUUUAAUAUAAGUACUCCCGUACGUUGCGCUAUACAAUACGCUUUUGAAUCCAGAAACUUAUGCAUUAUGUGUAAUACAUUAUGUUGUUCAGAUCUUCUGCUUUUUAUUAUGGUAAUGUUGAAAGUGGGCGUAUGUAAAUGUGUGUAAAUGGUACUGCACUGCCACUUGGAAGUCGACAUUGAUAGUCCGGUAUUACAGUGGGUAUAGUACUUAAGGUUUGUCCAAUGUUUUGUAUCGUCUCGUAAUGCUUUUGUAAGCGCCCCUGCUCUUCUCAAUUACGUGUUUUAAAAUGUAACUACAUAAUGAAACCCACCUUUCUACUGAAAGCUACUAUCGGUGAGCAACAGUUGCUGAGCGAUUCAUGGUCAGACGUGAACAACGCCCAACAAACCAUACUUCUUUGGCCUUUCAUGCAAAAUGCAAGUAAUCUGUUUGGUAAUUAAGUAAAUGAACAACCAAACAGUUUGACGUCUAAAAUUUUGUUACGACGAUUAAUUCCGAAUCACUUUUUACUUCCAAUUUCGGACGCUUAUACGAGUUCUGAUUAUUGCUUGCCAACUAAUGUAUUUAUUUAGUCUAAUCUCGCAACAUUAUAAUAAUGUUGAUUUGCAAAAAAUAUAUAAUUUAAAAACAUAAUUAUUGUUUUCGUUUCCAUAUUUCGUUUUAAUAUUCCCACUCUAAUACCGCCAGAAUAACAUAGGCGUUAACCUGUAACGUGUAAAAUUAAAAUAUAUAUAUAGAAGAAAAAAAACUAUAUUAUUAAAUUAUACUAAGUUUGUGAUGUGAUUUUUUAAGAAGUCAGUACAAGUAAUUUGAAUUUUUCAAAGUAAAUCAUGUAACCCUUGCUUUAAUCGUUGGGAUGUAUUUUGUAUAAAAUAAUGUGUGAUUGUAGGGUCCACGGAGUUUGUAAUGUAUAGAGCAUGGACCUCUGGAGCGGGCAGACGGGUGCUCCACCAUACAAGAGUCAAAUUAAAAAAAAUACAUUGAACGUUUGUCGAUCAAAGUAAACAACACGAUUAUUAAUAAUCACAUAAAAUUCGCUGUCAAAAUUAGCUAAUGAGAAAACUAGUACUCUAAUCCUAUUUAAACAAAUAUAUAAUAUUUAUAAAAAUGAAAUUUAUGUUACAUUUUUCUUCGAGAAUUCUGAUAUUUUAAUAUAUGUAACACAAUAAUGUAUUUUGUAUUAAGAUUUCGAAGGUGCCCGCCUUUUUUAUUUAAAAAAAAAAUAUUUUUAACGUAACGCCUGAAAGAUUAGAGGUCUAAACAUUGCUCUCGUGAAACUAUUAGCAUCAUUCGCUUCGUACAUAGUCUUAAAACAUAAUUUGGUCCAUAAAUCAAAAUCCAUUUUCGCAAAGCACUCAUUCGCACUGUUUUACUUCUGUACACUAACAAUAAUGGUGUUAAUACCAUUAUAGCCGGUUCAGGCUUGUACAACUGUAGCUCAGAGAAACUAACGGAGAGUAGGUGCUCUCAAAGGAGUAGCGACGCUCUUAAUGGAGUAACGGUGCUCUUGGAGUAGUGCUGUUAGUGAAGUAUGGUGGAGUACCCGACGCCAUAUUAGUAUCUUACCGUCAGGCUGCAGCCGUAGCGUCGCAUUUUCCUAAGCGUUACUUUAUUGUUGCAUAAUUAGUUUUGUUUAACUCUUCAUUGAUUAUUAUUUUAUGAAAUAAAAGUGUUUUUGUGGUA